AUCUCAAAUAAAAUUCAUUUGAGAAAGAGAGAUUAAAUAUUAAUCACAAUGGCUCAUCAGACUAACAACGCAUUCUUCUUCAAAUUGGCUCUUGUGCUUAGUCUAGUUCUUAUGAUGUCUAUAGCUGAGAGUGUUAAUCUUCGCGCAGUUGGAUUUAAAAAGCAAGACGCAGCUGAUGCAGUUUGCAACUCAGUGCAUGGAACUGAGAGUGACGAGACAUGUUCAAGCGUGGCUCAAGAAUUCAAUCUCUCUUUGGAUGAAUUUCUCGCAAUUAAUCCCAAUAUUAACUGCGACUCAGUCUUUGUGGGUCAAAGGCUCUGCGUCGAUGGCUCUGCUUAAACUACUCUUCACCUCACAUCAAUAAAGGGAUCCACCAUUUCCAUAUACAGUAGUAUAUGAGAUACUAUAAUAUUCGACUUCAUUUUCCUACUUCUUACAUAGCUUUAAACUAUGAUGUUUUGUCGCAAGUUUUAUUUACUCUCAAUUAAAGUUUGUCACGCGAUUUUGUUCUAUAAAAUCGCUACAUUAAUUAUAUGAUGUUA